ACUAUUGUAGAAGAAACAUAACAGUAGAUGUGAGAAUCUUACCUUCAUAAGACUGGAAGAUAGAAGACAAUGUAAGGAUGGAUACCGAUGAUCUAAACCUGACCUUUUCUGAUACAACUCCAGAUUACUGGUCAUAUUACGAAGACUAUGGAUACAUGUCUAAUUCUUAUACUAAAGCCAAGUUACUGAAGAUCACAAUUACUUUAUACAGCAUCUUUUUUGUUCUUGGGACUAUCGGUAAUGGAUUAGUCAUCUGGAUUGCCGGAUUCAAGAUGAAGAAAUCAGUCAGCUCUGUUUGGUUCCUCAACCUGGCCAUUGCGGACUUCCUCUGCUGUGCUUCUCUUCCUCUUCGCAUUGCAGAGUGGAUUUACCUCAUCAUGUAUGACCAAAAUAGUGCAAUCUAUUGCAUAUUAAGCAUCAUUCUGUUCAAUCUAAACAUGAGCGCCAGUGUUCUUCUCUUAGUGGCCAUGAGUAUUGACCGCUUUGUAUCCGUCAUGUGGCCAUUUUGGGCUAAAGUUCAUAGGACACGAAAACUAGUUAGAAUCACUGUGGCAAUCAUUUGGGUAAUCAGCAAGACAAGAACUAUGAUAAUAACCCAUGAGACCAACAGCAAGAGUCUGAUGACCUUUGCUAACAAGGAUUCUGCUGUAAUGGUGGAGAUCAGAAAAACCUUAGAUCUAAAUUUUGACCCUUUAGAUUCCAGGGACUACAGUCACAAUGAUAUCUAA